AUGGUUUCGGAAGUCAAAGAUUGUGCCAAAAUUAUCAUAGACGCAGGUCUUACAAUUGCCCAGGCAAUUCCAGUUGCUAGCAACAUUGCCGCAUCCAUUGAUAUAGUAAUAGAAAAAAUUGAAAAGAACUCAUCUAACAAAGCUUUAUGUAAAUUUAUCGAUGGACAUCUCAGACAUGCAAAAUUGAUACUAGAAUCUGGCUAUGAUUAUGAUAUUGUCAUUAAAGACAUUGAUGCCUUCACGCGUUAUUAUAAUGUGCUAACUGAAAUCGAAAAGCGCAUUGAGAUAUUAACAGGUGGUAAUGCAAAAAUCAAAGCCUGGGCAAUAACGAAAAAAUUUAUGAAUGCAAAAGCGGAUACUCAUAAAAACGUAGUGGAAAUAGGGAAUAAUGUAAAAGAAAUAAAGAAAAGUGUAGUAGAUGCCAAAGUAAGAGUGGAAGGUGUAGUAGAAAUAAAAGAGGAUGUAACAAAAAUUAAUAAAAGUGUAGAUAAAAUUCAUAACGAUAUCUAUCUGCUUGCUAUGAAACUUGAUAUUGACGGGUGGAAAACCGAUAUUAUGUUAAAUAAUAAAAUUUUAGAGCAGGAUUAUCAAGAACAAGUCGUUAGGGGCCAAGCUGUAAAGAAAAAAUACCUAACACAAGACGUUGCGCAAAGACCUUUUAAUUCUCGUGAUAGCAUUUCUCUUAAAAUUGUUAACAUGCUUAAACUAUUAUCAAAUUGUGAGAAUGUCAUAAAAUUUUUCGGGAUUUACAAGUCAAGAGGUCAAGAAUAUAUGAUACUUGAAUGGUGCGAACAUGGUAAUCUCGAAGAAUAUUUGUUGCGAAAUCCUGAAGUUGACUGGAACGUAAAAAUAAAAAUUGCUAAGGGUAUUGCUAACGGAUUGGUAUUCUGCCAUGACCGUGAAAUUCUUCAUCAUGACAUUAAAAGCUCAAAUAUAUUGCUUGAUGCCCAUCUAUGUACAAAACUUUCAAAUUUCGAUUUGAGCAGAAAAAAAAAUGACGUUACAAACUCUAGAAUUUUGUCGAUAGAUGAUGUCAGAUAUAUGGCACCCGAGAAGCUCAAUGAUUCGAAAUAUUACUACACAAAGGAAUGUGAUAUUUAUAGCUUUGGUAUUGUAAUGUGGGUGAUUGCUAUUCAACAAAUACCUUACACAGAUAUGAAUAGCAUUGGAGAAAUCGAUAACUAUGUCUUAAAUAAAAACCGCCCAGCGCCCAUUGAUGAACAUAUCCCAAACAAGUAUAUGCAAAUAAUGAAAAAAUCAUGGGACCAUGACAAUAGUAAUCGCCUGACAGCAUUUCAAAUUUAUGAGGGGCUUUUUAAAUGCUUGGGCGAUGAUGAUUCUUCAUCAACAUCUAUAUCAAAGGAGCUAGAUUCUGUGGACAGAAAGGUUGACAGCCCCAGUGAUACGCACGGCGUUAAAUUUGAUGAGAAUAAGGUUAAAGAAAUGUAUAAGCUAGCUGUUAAUAAUCAUAAAAACAAAAUUUAUGAUGAGGCCUUUAUAACCUUUUCCAUGUUGGCAAGUGAAUAUAAACACAAAGAAUCGAUAUUCUACCUUGGAUAUUAUUAUGAUAAUGGGUAUGCUGUAUCAACAGACAAAAAAAAAGCACUCGAAUAUUACAGAGAUUCUGCCGAUGCAGGCUGCAACGAUGCAAUCUUUUAUUAUGCCCAUAACUGUCUAAAAAUAUCUCGUGAAUAUAUGGAGAAAUCCGCAAAACUUGGAAUCUUCAAAUCUGGCAUAAAAUUAGCCGAAAUUAUUCUCCCUGAACUUAGGGAUGCUCCAUCUCAGGAUACAUGCAAUAAGCUUCUGAUUUUUUUAAAUAAUGAUAUGACCACCUUAUCAGGAAAACGAAAAAAAUACCCUCAAAAAAUAGAUGAAUGGAAUGCAUGUGAGAAAAAAAUUGAUGAAUUACGAAGUGAAAUUCAACAAAUUGCCGACUCUUGUAAAACUGGUUAG